GGGAGUGGGGUGGGGUGGAAGAUCGGAGUCUUCUGCUAAACUGUCGUACUUCAUUGUCCGUUCAUUGUCACAUGUAGAAACAUUUAGUCAAUACUUUUGUGUACUCAUAAGACCCAAAAUAGUGUAUGAAAUGUGUGUGAAAAUGUUAUUGGUAUUUCAUUGGUGCCUCCUGCUUCUGACCCAAUGCUGGAAUGUGAACGGGUCCAUUUACAAGAAUUUGAAGCAUUUUGAUACCCUUCAUUUGUCUCAUCUCACUCACAAUAUAGUGAAACGUGGAGUUAAUCCCAGUUCUCAUCCAUUUAAUCACAUUAAAGAAAUCAAUUUUCGAACGUUGGGAAAAGACUUUCGAUUAAUAUUAUCUCCGAGAAAAGGAGUCUUACAUUCAAGGUUUGAAGCCGCCAUUGUAGAUGGGGAUGGAAUUGAAAAGCCUGUCAGCAUAAAUCAUGAGGACUUUUAUGAAGGGAGGCUAUUUGGGGAGACAAACUCACAUGUUAGUGCACACUUAGAGGAUGGUAUGAUGACAGCAUCCAUCCACGUAGGAGACGAAACAUACCACAUUGAGCCCUCUUGGCGGCAUUUGCCCCACCUUGGUAAUGAGUCAAUGAUUGCAUAUCGUGCCUCAGAUAUUCAGUACAGUUGGCAUAAACCUGAUGACGGCCCUAGUAAACCUAAACCAACUUGUGGAUAUGUGAAAGAAGGCCCAGGAUGGGAUGAACCUGACGAGGAUGAAGGAGAACAGGAUUCAAUUGUUGAGGAAGGGAAAUCACGCUGGAAACGUCAGGCUGAAGCUUAUGAGUUGUCACCAUCUAAAACUCGCUGCCCUCUUCUACUAGUAGCUGACUACCGCUUCUUCACAGAAAUGGGAGCUGGGAACACCAAAACCACUAUAAAUUACUUGAUUAGCCUUAUUGAUCGUGUCCAUAAAAUAUACAAUGAUACAUUAUGGCAAGAUAGAACUGAGCAAGAUGGAUUCAAAGGCAUGGGCUUUGUCAUCAAGAAGAUUGUAGUUCACAGUGAACCAACUCGAGUUCGUGGGGGAGAGGCUCAUUACAACAUGGUUAGGGAGAAGUGGGAUGUUCGAAAUCUUCUUGAGCAAUUUUCAGCUGAUCUGAAGGAUGCAGGGUUGUUUUGUCUGACACAUCUCUUCACACAUCAAACAUUUCGCACCUCAGCAGUUCUUGGAUUGGCCUACAUUGCCUCACCCCGUCCAUAUGGCUUGGGUGGAAUCUGCUCCCAUGAGUACUUCAAAAAUGGUUAUACACUCUACUUGAACUCUGGUCUGAGUUCAUCUCGUAAUCACUACGGACAGAGAGUAAUUACUAGAGAGGCUGACCUUGUGACUGCUCAUGAGUUUGGUCAUAACUGGGGGUCAGAGCAUGAUCCUGACACUCCAGAUUGCAGUCCAGCUGCUAGUCAAGGUGGAUCUUACCUGAUGUACACAUAUAGUGUUAGUGGGUAUGAUGUUAACAACAAGUGCUUUUCCCCAUGUUCUUUAAAAUCUAUUCGGAAAGUUCUGCAAGCUAAAUCAGGACGGUGUUUUUCGGAGCCAGAAGAAUCAUUUUGUGGAAACUUACGAGUUGAGGGGGACGAAGAAUGUGAUGCUGGUCUUCUCGGCACAGAAGACAACGAUAACUGUUGUGACAAAAACUGUAGACUCCGUAAGAGUCAAGGGGCUGUAUGCAGUGACAAGAACUCGCCAUGUUGUCACAACUGCAAAUUUAUGCAAACUGGCCUCAAGUGUAGAGAGGCUCAAUACGCUACUUGUGAGCAGGAAUCACGUUGCACAGGCAAUUCAGCUGAUUGUCCUCGAAGUCCACCAAUGCCAGAUGGCACCAAUUGCCUUGAGCGUGGUCAAUGCCGUGGGGGAAAAUGUAUUCCAUAUUGUGAAACACAAAAUCUUCAGAGCUGCAUGUGUGACAUAAGGAAAGGAGUCAGCAAAACAAUUCAAAAAGAAGAUCUUGCCAAUGCAUGCAAGCGGUGCUGCCGUCAAAAUUUAAAUGACACUUGCUUUCCUGUGGAACCACAAGAUAUGUUACCCGAUGGAACUCCAUGUAUUCAAGGAUUUUGCAACAAGGGUGUCUGUGAGAAGACAGUACAGGAUGUUGUAGAACGUUUUUGGGACAUUAUUGAAGACAUCAAUAUCAAUAAGUUAUUAAUAGUCUUGCGUGACAAUAUUGUAGGUGCAGUAGUUUUAGUAUCAGCAAUUAUUUGGAUUCCUGCUAGUUGUCUAAUAAGUUAUAUAGAUCGAAGGCAAAGAAAGGAGGAACAGAAGUAUCAGGAAUGGAUGAGCACUGAUAGUUUAGUACAUCCAUCUGAACCAAGGAAAAUUAUAAAUCUCCAGGUUCCUUCUAGACAGCGACUUAAUCAGCAGCACUCAAUGUCCCAGUGAAUUUUUGACUUAACCAAAAAGAGAAAGAGAGCCAUUAACAUCAAUUGGACAAUGUCAUAGUAUUAUUGUGCAUUUAUUUUUUAUUACUGAGUUGCAUGUCUUCACAAUGACGCCCCGGACUCUGAUGUCAAUUCAUCUACCCUGUUCUGGUACAAAAAGAUCCUCCUGGUAAAUAUUAAUACGUCUACAUUUUCUUAAAAACAUUUUUUUGUGAAAUUCUGUUGCAGUUCAAAGGUUUUGUUACUUAGUGCAUUCGACUUUGCAUAAGCAGUUCAUACUUGUUUUGUUAAAACCCCAUAGAUGUAAACUAUUAUUAUUUUUAUUUUUUAAAAUGCUUGCCAUGAGAGUUAAGACUUAAAAGGGGCAAAUGCUGGUUCCUUCUCCUUUAAUUCAUUGUUUUUCAGAUUACGUACUGAAAAUUAAGUAUAUAUUUCCCAAUUCUAUCCUUGUAGUGCUAUUUAGAAUGCACGUGAUGAUUACAUGUACUUAGUUACACUUUUACCAAAACUCAUAAUGAUUUAGUCAGAAUGAUAGGGAUGAACAGUAUGGAUAUGUGUGUUUUCUGUCACCAGCUAGUCAUUUUUUGCUUAAUCUAAAUGGUUAUAUUAUCUCAAUAUUGAUGCGUGUUUUCAUUUUCAGAAACAUUUAUAGGUAGAAUUUGUUUCCUGUUAACAAGAAAGGUAUAAAUUUUUCUUUCUUUUCAUUUAUCUAUGUUGUGAUACUUUCAAAGAAUUCAUAAGGCAUUUACAUUGAAAACUAUAGUGAUUUUGUAAUGGUACUUAAUUAAAUAUGAAAAAUCCUGCAAAGGAAAUUUUAAUUCUGUGAUUUUAACUAAUUAUAUUUAUUUUAUUGUUCAAAAUAAGAGAUGCUAAAUGUAAGCUUUAGUCUUGCACUAUCUGUGAUUAAAAUCAGUUUCACAAUAGAA